CUAAAGGCUAGUUCGCAUUAGGCUAGUAGUUUAGUCGAGUGCCGAAUAAUUUAGUAGCUAAAUGUGUCUGAACACCAAAAAUUUAGUCAAGUAGGAUGGUAAGUCAUUUAGUCGAGCCAAUCCAUUUUGUUCUAUUUCUAUCGGGCGAGUAGCGUCCCCCACUACUCCUCCGUGCUCACUGGCUUAUCGGCUAAACAAAUCUGAACCUGUUGGUUUAGUCGAGUUCAUUAGUGAGUGGGCGCGAAAAUGACAUUUCGCUGGAGCGAAGAAACCACUUUUAAAUUUGUUUCCGAAUAUGUUGAACACGAAUGUUUGUGGAAUAUCAAAUCCCCGAAUUAUAAAAACAAACAAAUGAAACAAUCUGCAUACUUAGAUUUAGAAAAAACAAUGAACAUACCCGGAUUCGGUGAGAAGGAAAUUAAGUUGAAAAUUAAAAACAUCAGAUCUACCUACUCGCAGGAAUUAAAAAAAAUAAAGGACUCCAAAAGUUCAGGCUCUGGGACCGACACGAUUUAUAUCCCUUCAGUGAAAUGGUUCAAUUUAUUAGAUUCAUAUCUAAGAAACAUAACCUCAAUACUCACAGAAAGUGAAAGUAAUUUGACUUCCAAUAGUUCACACACUGAUGAUACAGAUUCUGAGCAAAAUAGUACUUUAGUGGAUACUUUUCGUUUACCUACACCUCCUCCACCUCCGACAAAAAAGAGAAGAAUUGCCCAGCUCUCGAGCAUGGUCGGCCAAUUAAAAGAAAUAGCUGAUACUACUAAUUCUACAGUCGAAGAAAAUGAGUUUGAGGUCUUCGGUAAACACGUAGGCCUUCAACUGAAAUCUUUGCCCUUACUAUCGGCAUUAGAAGCACAGGAGCACAUUCAACUUCACUUAAAUAGAAUUCGACGUCGGCAUAUUUUAAACGCGUCUGAUCAAAACAGAAUCCCUCAAACGCCACAAUCUUCGUAUGCUACUGGAUCACAAUAUAGAGGUAAUAGCGAUUCUUCGAUAUAUUAUAGUGACAUCAGUAACUAUAAUCUGGGGGAGCAAGCAACUCAAAAUAAUUCUUCGUCUAUUUUACUUAAUCAUACUGGACACGUUGCCGAUUAUCAGCUUUCCUCAAAUAUGCUUCCAUCUAACCAUUUAAACAACAAUGAAACGCAGAGUGAUGUUACAAUUGUAUCAAAUGACUUAGUUUUCACAGCAAUUCGGAACGCAAAUGUUGAUAAUGAAGAGUGAUGGGAGCAAACAAAAUAGUUUCAUUAAAAGUUAUACUUAAGAUGUUAAAAAUUAUUCUCUAAUAAAUAAAUGUUUCAUAAUAAA